AUGGCGCCUGAGAGUGCCAGGAAAACAACCGAAUUGACAGAAGACAUGGCAAGUGACAGAGGCUGGAGUAACAGUCGAUUGUUCACGCUAAUCACCUCUGAUGUCACUCGGAUCCAGGCUGUAUGGGAAAUGGUCCACUUGCUUUGGACUGCUCCAAUCUCAAUUGGAGUGGCGUUGUUGACAUUGAGUUUCAACAUCGGGAAGAGUGCCAUCUGGGGCUGUAUAAUCAUAGUAUUGGGGAUGAUCGUUAUCACCAGUGCAGUGCGGGGCAUGGCCAAAGAACAAAAGCUUGUCACAAAACUCACCGAUCAGCGAUCGUCUAUGGCUCGCGAAGUGUCGCGUUCCAUACAUGUUCUGAAAUUGUUCGGAUGGGAGUCCAAAUUCCUAGCACGGUUUAGAUGCAUUCGGACACAAGAGACUCGACGAAUCCGAGAAAUACACAGUACUCAUACUUGGAUCCAAGCCCUGUGGGCAUCACUGCCGACAUUCGCAACGAUGGGCUCGUUAAUCGCUUAUUCAAUGUCGACCGAUAAAUUCGAACCAAUGGCAAUAUUCUCGACUUUAGCGACCUUCAAUGCACUGAGGCCUCUUCUCAACAUGCUACCCCUUGUAAUAGGACAAGUUUUGCAAUCCCUGGAGGCUCUCGCAAAGGUGGAAAAGUUCUUGCUGGAAAACGAGCCUGACGAUUACAUCCAGAGUACCCCUAAAGCCAAUCUCGCUAUCCGACUGGAUCAUGCGACACUCGGCUGGUAUAAACCAUCGACGUCUGAUCUCGACAAGGGAAAUGAGAUUCAUCAAAAUCCAGUAUCAAAGAUAGCAGCUUCGUCGUUCCUGUUGAGUGACUUGAGCUUGACUGUCCGACCAAACGAGAUGCUGGCAGUUAUUGGGUUGACUGGGAGUGGCAAGUCCUCAUUUCUGGCAGCGCUUGCAGGCGAUAUGAAUCUGGUCGAAGGUGUUGUUCAGGUAAACGGGACGAGAGCUUUCUGCCCGCAGCAUGCAUGGAUGCAAAAUUCGUCGAUCCGGGAUAACAUCUUGUUUGGAAGAGAGUAUAACGCUGCGCGUUAUCAUGAGGUUCUUCGAUGUUGUGCUCUAAAAGCAGACAUCGAGAAAUUGGCAGAUGGUGACAGUACCGAAGUCGGUGACCGUGGUGCUUCAUUGUCUGGAGGUCAGAAAGCUCGUAUAAGCCUUGCACGUGCUGUUUAUGCUCGAACAGAUAUUGUCAUCAUGGAUGAUCCUGUUGCAUCAAUAGAUUCGAACGUGGGACAUCAUAUCAUGGAAAAUGUUCUCUGCGGUCUUUUGAAAAAUUGUUGUCGCAUAGUUGCUACUCAUAGCCCUUCGAUUCUUCAUCGCUGUGACCGAAUACUCAUAAUCGAAGAUGGGCGCAUCAAGGCAAUCGACACGUUUGACAGACUCAUCCGGCAGGGCGUUUUGCGGAACGGCUUCUUUUCAUCCCCAAGUGAGAAUGCCAUUACCCACAAUGGACCCAGAAAGUGCGACGGCAGAAAGAGCGUUCGGGACAAGGUUAAAUCCCGCAAAGCCGAGCUUCACACCAAGUUCGUUCCACCUGCAGAUGUAUCCUGGAAUGGAUGGAAGACAUACCUUUCCGCGGGUGGCACGCAUCUGAAUUGUUUGGCUAUCAUUUUUCUCUCGAUUCUGGGCAACGGAAUGAGCCUGAUAUGUAGCUCAUGGCUGUCGUACUGGACGUCGGGCAAGCAUUUGGACAUGUCCAAUAAGAAAUGUGCGGCAGUAUAUGCCUUUCUUUCCGUCACUCAGGCCAUUUUGCUCGCUUGUUCAACGUUGUGCAUGAUGGCUCGCGGUAUCACUGCAAGCAAGGAGCUUCUCCAACAGGUUAUGAUGCGAAUCGUCCGGGCACCGAUGUCUUUUUAUGAAACUGGAUGCCUCGGUACUGUAAUUCAGCAGAUAACAGUUGAAACCGGUAUCCUUGACGUCCAUCUGACAAAUUGCAUUCGGCUGUUUUCAAUGAAAGCCAUCACGACCUCCUUGGUUGUUGCCGUAACAGUUUAUCACUGCCACUAUUUUGUGCUUGCUGUCGGGCCUCUCAUAUACUUGUUCCUGCACGUGGCCCGUCGUUAUAGAGCGACGGCCGGUAAAUUGCAUCAGCACAAAUCAAAGCGACAGUCGAAAUUACACGCAGGGUUGAGCGAGACAAUCAGUGGAUUGAGUUGUAUUCGAGGCUAUGGUGCAUGGAAUCAUUUCAAAGAGAACAUUCACAGCGACAUCUAUGCCAUGAACGAGAUACACCUUCUGAGCGCCGCAUGUCCACGGUGGCUGACAAUUCGACUCGAUGCAAUUGGUAUUGCCCUCACCUCACUAGUCGGAGUUUUGGGCGUCGUCCCCUGGUCUGGUGUCUCACCCAGUGUCUUUGGGAUGUUAUUCACAAACAUGCUUUCGAUAUCACAGACACUGCAGCUUGCGAUGCGAAAUAUGAACGAGGUCAUGAAUGGGCUUCGUGUGGUCGAGGGAAUCGUGUACUAUAAGACAAAUAUCCCUCAGGAAGCAUCACUGGGAGCGGAGGAGUCUCAGUCCAUGCCAAAUGACGAAAUGUGCCAACAACCCCAAGCAGGACGAAUCAGCUUCUUGAAUGCUUCCAUGAGGUAUCGACCUGGGCUUCCCCUAGCAUUGACGGAUGUCAACAUCGAUAUCCAAAAUGGGGAAAUGAUUGCCAUACUAGGCAGAACUGGCGCAGGGAAAUCUAGCAUCAUAGCUGCACUGCUUCGAAUGACCGAGUUAUCUGGAGGAGCGAUUGAAAUCGAUGGCACCGAUAUUGCGGCAAUGAGGCUUCAUGAUCUUCGGUCAGCGGUCGCCGUCAUCCCUCAAGAUGUGGCCCUGUUUGCAGGCUCGAUUAGAUCCAACGUCGACCCAUUCCAUGAAUAUGAAGAUAUGAGGAUCUACAAUGUCUUGAAGAAAGUGGGACUUGUCCAUGAUCAGGGUCCCUUUGCAAGGAGCAGGAGGGUCACGGUCUCGAUUGCUUCGAUGGAGCAAUGGACCAGGCUCUCAGUUCACCUGUGCAGGAGGAAGGCGCCAAUUUAUCUCUCGGCAACCAGCAACGGAUCGCUUUGGCCCGCGCUCUUCUUCGCGAUGCUCGAAUUAUCGUUUGUGAUGAGGCGACAUCCGCAGUGGAUCUCGAGAUGGACAAACGCAUGCAACAAACAAUCGCGCAGGUCUUCCACCAAAAGACUAUUCUGUACAUCACACAUAGAGUACGCACUGUUUUUCGCUGCGAUCGGGUCUGCGUCAUGGGACAAAGUCGCAUCCUUGAAACUGGCCGGCCCGUCCAGCUGUGGGGUCGAACAGAUGGGCCUUUUCGGUCAAUGUGUGACCGAGAUGGAAUGA